UAUGUGGGUCAUAUAAAAAUCUCAAUAUAUAUAAUUAAAAUGUCAAAUGAAGAAACAAUUGUGCCAAAAAUCAAAACCGAACCGAUUGAAUAUUCAAUAGAAGAAAUUCAAGACGAGUAUGAUUGCGAAAAGGAGGUCUCGGAUAAUUUUGAAAGUAUUAGAUCUGAAAACCAAAUCGAAUCUCCUAUAGACCAAAAUGUAUCUUGUCUCGAUCCCAAAGAGAAGUCUCGCACAUGCGAAUUCUGCAACAAAAUUUUCAACCGCCCCGCAGACCUAAAAAGCCACAUUGUCACCCACACCCGUGAAAGGGCAUUUCUUUGUAAAUACUGCAACAAAACAUUCGCACGAUCAAGUUCCUUAAACGUCCACCUCAGAACCCACUUAGGCAAGAGACCCCAUGUAUGUAAAAUAUGUGAUAAAGCCUUCACCAGAUCCGAUACUUUAAACGAACACAUGGUUGUCCAUGGGGCUGACCGUCCUCAUAAAUGUGACAUAUGCAACAAAGCCUUCGGUUUCAAAAGCAAUCUGGUACAGCAUAUGAACACACACUCCGAUGAACGGCCUUAUAAAUGUGAUAUAUGUGAUAAAGCAUUCAAUCAAUCGGGGCAUCUUAAAGAACACAAGCUCGUGCACACGGGUGAAUGGGCUCAUAAAUGUGAAGUAUGUGAUAAAACAUUUGCACGACCUUAUAAUUUAAAAGAGCACAUGAUCACCCACACCGGGGACCGUGCUCACAGGUGCAAGUUGUGUAAUAAAGUAUUUUCUUUCAUGAGUAAUUUUAACAAGGCAUAUGAAUAUCCAUAGUCGAGAACGUUCUUUUAAAUGUGAUAUAUGUGAUAAAGAGUUUAGUCGAGCUAAUACUUUGAAAGAGCACAAGAUUACUCACACGGGGAAAAGGAUUCAUAAGUGUAGGACGUGUGAUGAUGUGUUUUCUUCAUCGAGUAAUUUGAAGAGACAUCAGAAAGUUCAUAGUGAUAAGAAAGAGGAAAAUAAUUUAUAGAAAAAGACUUGCAAAAUUAAUUUAACAGUGAUUCAGUUGAAUCAUGGACAUUACAGUAAUUUUGUAUGUAAAUAAAUAUAUUAUGUAAUUUUUGUAUAAAUAAAUAU